AUGAUUCUCAACAUUAAUUAUUUUGUUGGUAAAUAAUUAAAAGCGAAUAUGUUUAAAUCUGAAUAAUAGAAGAAGAAAUUUUUAAAUGAAGAGAAUUCGUUUUUACUUUUUUUAAUAAUCUUAUUUUUAUAAAAUAGAGAAAUGAAGCGCAUAGUAUUGAGCUUACUGAGUAUCAGUAUUUGCCUAUGCAUUAAUCACAGAAGUGUGUAAGAUACUUUAAUUGCAGAAAUGGACAAUGAGCACAUAAAUGAACACGAUUAAUUGAUCUUUCGUAAUUGGAUGUUAGAAUAUGGCAAAUCUUAUGAUAAUGAUUUUACAGCAAUACAUAGAAUGUAGAUUUUUAUGAGGAACAAGAAAAAUGUUGAAGUAUAGAAUAAUUUGCUUAUAGAUAGAAACAUAAUCAUGUGGGAGCAAAAUAUAAAGCAAAAUUGAAUGAAUUUUCAGAUUAAGAUUAUGAUGAAUUAGCUUUGAAAAUGUUUAUGCAUAUAGAUUUCUAAGAUGAUGAUUUUAAAUUUUCAAAUCCUCAUUUUUUUAGUAAAUAGGACAUAAAAGAAUUGAGAAAUCAUCCAAUAUUAACUUAAAUGAGAGAAUAGGCAACGAAAGGAGAUUCCUUAGAUUGGAGUAAUAAAGUAAAAAAAUAUAUGGAUUUAGGUUCCAUCAUCAAAACCAUAAGGAACAUGUGGAAGUUGUUGGGCAUUCUCUUCAUCUGAUGUAGCUAUAAGUAGACUUGCAUUGAAAGGGAAAGAAGACUUAACAUAAUUGUCUAAGACCCAUUUAAUAGAUUGUUGUGUUGGAGAUAAAAAUAAGGGAUGUAAUGGUGGAUCACCUAUAGGUGCUUAUAAAUUUAUAAAUGAUAAUGGAGCCCUUAAAGAGAAUGAAUAUAGAGAUUAUGAUGCUACUUAAUAAGAUUGUUAGAAACCAGGAGGACAUAUUGGUAAAGGUCUAAUAGUUGAUGUAUAAAAAGUAGAUGAUCCAAAUUUUGAGUAAAUAAUAAUGAAUUAAAUUUAGAUAAAUAAAAGAAGCUCUUCAAGAUGGACCAGUAACAGCAUUAAUGUAUGCAGAUAAAUCAUGGUUUGAAUAUGGAGGUGGUAUUAUCGAUACUUGCAGUUAUGUUGGAGCUAAAGAAUUAAGUCAUGCAGUUGUUAUUGUUGGUUAUGGAAAAGAUCAUUAUAAAGUUAAAAAUUCAUGGGGUCCAGGAUGGGGUGAGAAUGGAUUUUUUUAAGUUUAAAGAAAUGGAGCACCAGAAUGUUUAGAUAAAAUUAAGAAAAUUUCUUACCCUAUAAUUUAAUGAUCCCAUUAAUAAU